UGAACUGAGUCGGCAGCAGUAGUCAUCGGGUAACACUGUGCGAUGGAAAGGGGAAGUAGAGCCUAGCCUAGGCCUAGCAUCAGGAGCGAGUAACGUCGGAUCAUAGAUGAUGUAGUAUACAGUUCAGUGGUUGUUAGUAUACCUGGAAUUAUUUAUGAACAAUGAGUUUUCCUAUAGAUUGAAACCAGUCAGUGUCUCGAAAAUAAAGCUUGGCCAAUAACAGACUUCUGCCUCAUUGAAAUUGUACAGGGCAACUUCAAGAUCUAGCAAAUCUUGAAUCCUUCGCUUAAGUCAUCGGAAACUACAGUAAACUAUGAAAGCACGAGAUGUAAUCGCCUUCAGCUGUUAAUUUUUAUACAAUUUAUAUUCGGCAGCCAUGUCAAACGAAAAUGCCGCGUUAAAGAAUGGCCAGCAUUCUCACAGCAACCAAAAUGUGUCCCGAGGGCAAAUUAAUAAGAUGCCGAAUAAUAGCAUAACCAGCACAAGGACUAGUUUGACCCCGUAUGAGAGACUAAAUAAUGAUUUGAACCAGGAUGACAAGAUUCAGAAGGAAGUCAGCCUUGGGAAGAGAAUUGGCUUUUAUCGCAUCCGUGGGGAGCUAGGCACUGGAAACUUCUCUCAAGUGAAAAUGGGUCUACAUGUCUUAACCAAAGAAAAAGUUGCAAUAAAAAUUCUAGAUAAAACAAAGCUUGAUCAGAAAACACAGAGACUACUAUCACGAGAGAUAAGCAGUAUGGAGAAACUACACCAUCCGAACAUCAUACGUCUUUACGAGGUUGUAGAGACGUUGUCCAAGCUUCAUAUCGUCAUGGAGUAUGCUGCGGGCGGGGAGCUGUUCACCAAAAUUUCGAAUGAGGGUAAACUGAGUGAGCAGGAGUCGAGACCCUUGUAUGCACAAGUUGUAGCGGCUGUAGCGCAUAUUCACUCCAAAAAUAUAAUCCAUCGAGACCUAAAGGCUGAAAAUGUAUUUUAUGCGGCUAAUGGCUUGGCAAAAGUUGGAGACUUUGGUUUUAGUACCGUUAGUAAGGAGAAUGAGACAUUAAACACAUUUUGUGGUUCACCGCCUUACGCAGCACCGGAACUCUUCAAGGACGAACACUACAUCGGCGUAACAGUCGAUAUAUGGGCAAUGGGAAUAAUGCUAUAUUUUAUGGUGGUUGGCGUGAUGCCGUUUCGAGCUGACACUGUUGCAAAGCUUAAAAAAUGUAUACUGGACGGUAAUUUUACAAUACCGCCGUUCGUCUCGAAAGAUUGUCAAUCAUUGAUCAGCGGCAUCUUAAAAUCAGAACCUUCUGAACGACUAACGAUACGUGAGAUGAUGACACACCCAUGGCUUAAGGGGCAAGAGUUCCCAAAGUCUAUAGACGCAUAUCAUACGGUGCCUGCAUUUGAAAAGGAAAAUGCAACAAUGGAUGAACUGAAAGUCUUAAAAGAACUUGAAGAACUCGGUAUACAGGAGGAUUUGCUGAAAGGGACGCGUGAUCAUGAGUCACGGAAUAGUAUAACAGGAACGUAUCGGAUCGUGUUGCACAGGUUACAACGAAAAUACAUCGAGCCUCCAAUUAGCACAGUUGUCGUUAAUAAUUCUAAUCCAUCAUCAGGCAAAAAAGACGAGAAACAAAAGCAAAGAAAUAAGCCAUCUAGAACAUGUCAUCUUCUAUGAGAUAAUAAUUACAGACAAACUUUUUAUUACAAAUGGUUGUUACAAUUUUUUACUUUGGGAGAUAUUCUAAUUAAUGUUUAAUUUAAUUAGAGUUAUAAAUAAUAAUCAAUGUUAUACUGAAUUCUGAAGAUGUGCGAGAUUCUUUGAAAGCUGACAUAAGAUAAUAAGAAAUGCUUACAAGCUUAACGUGCAACAGUAAUGUACGUAAUGGCAAUUGUUGAGUGUAAAUCAAAGGGAAAAUGGAUAGAGUUCAUGUGACCUUCGUAACCUCUUAGUAGGCGUAAUUAUUCCUCCAUUAUAAUAUACACACUCAAUAUUGCUAGGCUCAGUAUCACUGGUAGUUGGGAAUCCAAUAUAGUGUGUAGGGUAUGUCAUUGGAUAUUCUUUGUUUCAACACCAUUAUGUCUGUAAUGCUUGUUUUGACAGGCAAGUGUGAGUGGUCAAUUCAUUGAUUUAUUGAUUAAAUUAUUGAUAGGAUGAUUCAAUUAUUCAAUAAUUUUUAUUGAUUGAUUUAUUAAUCAAGUGAUUUAUUAGUUGAUUAAUUGAUUGCAUGAGUAAUU